AUGAGCGACGCCACCACCUCAGGACCAGCACGGUGGGCUCAGCUCCGCGGCUGGCCGCACCUGCAGCCUCCGCCGGCGUCGCCCGCGCCCGCGACGUCGGCGUUCGGAUGCGUGUCGGACUCCGUCGUGGUCUCGGCCACGUCGAGCCCGACGAUCGACGGGUCGGCCAAGGGCGCGAGCCAGCAGCCCGGCAUCGAGGGUCGGGUGGGCAAGCCGGUCCGGAGGCGGUCGAGGGCUUCCCGUAGGGCUCCGACGACGAUGGUCAACACCGACGCCGCCAACUUCCGCAUGAUGGUCCAACAGUUCACCGGCAACCCGUCUGGGCCGUACACAGCCGGCUAUCACCCUGGCGGCGGACCAGUCUCCAACGUCAGUAACGAUUCCGUUGAGCGAGCUCAUCAGACGACGGCCUUAAUGUCCUUUGGAAACCCUCAGCAACACCCGUGCCAGCGGCAGAGCCAUCAGCCUCAGCAGCAAAACUAUCAGUCACCCGAUCAUUCUAUAUUUACUGCAACUGGUGCUAGUAAUAACAGUAGUGGUGGUUUCCUUCAGGGGUUUAGCAGCUCUGGCACCAGCUUGGAGGUGGGCGAUGACUAUUUCUAUGAUGGCAUGUACGACCAAAUGAUGCCAAGGCCAGCCUCCACUGGCAACAGGAGUGCUGGGCACUUCUCUUGA